AUGCAUUUUGUUUACGAGCGAAUUUCCCGGAUUUCUAUUCGUCAUAAUUCCAAAUUUUCGAUCGAUGAUGUCGAGUUCGUCCUUGGACCGCUGUUUGGCACGCACUAUGGCAUGGGCGGAUUACGCUCAAUUAUUUCGAGUGUUGAUCACAUUUUCUGCGCUUACGAUAAGAAAACGCAUCGAUAUAUCGCCUGUGCUCUUGUGGAAAGUCAUAACGAGAAAAAUGUUCUUUAUAUAAAACUGUUCGGUGUUGCAGAAUCUAAUCAAGGUCAAGGAAUUGGAACGCAUUUGUUGAAAUCAAUUCAAAAGUGGGGAGAACGAGAGAACUACUCGGCGAUUAUUUUACAUCCCCAAGUUAACAAUCAUAGAGCGAUCGGUCUCUAUGAGAAAGUCGGUUUUCACAAACAAUAUCUAUUAAAAGACUUUUUCCGUCCACGCGAAUUGCCUACAUUUGUUGAAGUUUAUGAACCCGAUGCUUAUCAAAUGAUUGUAUAUCUGUAA